CUUUCAGUUCAUGCAGGAGAGCUGUCACACUGUCCGUCACAAACUGUCCUCCUGCUGCUGUGACUGAACACACAACUGACAGGAGGCCAGACUUCAGUUCACUUUGAGGAGAUCUUCCCAUGAUGUUGCCUCAGCACCUGAAGCAGAUCCGAGUCCUGAUGCUGAACGACAAGCAAAACUUAGAGAGAACUCUGUUCAGACUGGAGCAAGGUUUUGAGCUCCAGUUCCGUCUGGGUCCGAGUCUUCAGGGCAGGAGGGUGACGCUGCACACCAACUAUCCUCUGGAUGGUCAGCGCUUUGAACGACACAACUUCCGAGUGUUACCGUGGAACUACCCGACAGGAAGGGAGGAUGACUCUGACAAGUUCUGCUCUCUGGACCUGCAGGUGGCCGGCUCCUACGAGUACUACUUUGGAUACGGCGACACAGAGCGUUCAGGAAGUGGAUACAUCGUUGUUGACCCGGUCCUUCGAGUUGGACCUGACCUUCAUGUGCUCCCUUUAGACUGCAUCACCAUCCAGACCUACCUGUCCAAAUGUCUGGGAUACAUGGACGACUGGCCAGACAGACUGAGGGUCGCCAAGGAGUCAGGAUACAACAUGAUCCACUUCACCCCCCUGCAGACUCUGGGAGAAUCCAGGUCCUGUUACUCGCUGGCAGACCAGCUGACCUUUAACCCCGAGUUCAGCUCUCCGGGUCAGAACUACAGCUGGGCGGAUGUGGGGGCUCUGGUGGAGAAGCUGAAGAAAGACUGGAACAUGCUGUGUAUUACAGACGUGGUGUAUAACCACACCGCUGCUAACAGCGUGUGGAUCAAGGAUCAUCCCGAGUGUGGCUACAACCUGGUGAACUCGCCCCACCUCAGACCGGCCUGGGUGUUAGACAGAGCCAUCUGGCAUCUCACCACCAGAAUGGCAGAAGGACGCUACGAGGCUAAAGGACUUCCUGCUAACAUUACCAACGAGAGCCAUCUGAAUGCCGUCCGCAGUGUGCUGUGGCAGGAGGUCUUUCCUCAGAUCAAGCUGUGGGAGUUCUUCCAGGUCCGGGUGGACGGUGCUGUGGAUCAGUUCAGGGCUCUGCUGCAGAAAGGCAGCAGACCUAACCUGGCUAAGACUGGAGGAGAGAAGGGCCUCAGGAUCAUCCAAGACCCAAACUACCGUCGCUAUGGAAACACCGUGGACAUGGACUCGGCUCUGGAGACUUUUGUACCUCACAGCCCUUCCCCUCAGCACGUCGAGGAUUGCUGUGGUUGGCUGAGAGAGAAGUUGAACGCGCUGAACGAGGAGCAGCAUGAGAUCAUGAAGCAGCAUCAGGAGAAGGCUGCCAACUGCAUUGUGGGAAACAUCGUGUAUGAGCGUCUGGAGGACCAUGGCCCCAAACUGGGCCCUGUAACCAGGAAGAACCCUCUGGUUACCAGGUAUUUCACCUUCCCAUUUCAGGACAUGGCUCUGGAGCAGGAGAUGCAGCUGCUGGACCAGCCGGGCAAGGCGUGUCACUUCCUGGCUCACAACGGCUGGGAUGGGGACGAUCCGCUGCGUAACUUUGCCGAGCCAGGCUCCAACGUGUACCUGCCGGAGCUGGUCUGCUGGGGAGACAGUGUGAAGCUGCGGUAUGGUCAGGGUCCUGAGGACUGCCCGUACCUGUGGGCACACAUGCAGAAAUACACCGAGAUAACUGCCAAGUACUUCCAUGGAGUCAGGCUGGAUAACUGCCACUCUACACCUCUGCAUGUAGCCGAGUACAUGCUGGAUGUGGCCAGAACAGUUUGUCCUAACCUGUAUGUGGUGGCUGAGCUCUUCACUGGCAGCGAGGAGCUGGAUAACGUCUUUGUUACCAAGCUAGGCAUCUCAUCACUCAUCCGAGAGGCCAUGUCAGCUGCUGACAGCCAUGAAGAAGGUCGCCUGGUGCAUCGGUAUGGAGGCGAGCCGGUCGGCGCGUUUGUCCAGCCCAGUCUCCGCCCACUGAUGCCCUCCAUCGCUCACGCCAUGUUCCUGGAUGUAACCCAUGACAACGAGUGUCCCAUACAGCUGCGUUCAGCCCUGGACUCCCUCCCCAGCUCUGCCAUGGUCUCCAUGGCCUGUUGUGCCACCGGAUCCACCAGAGGAUACGAUGAACUAGUGCCACACCAGAUAUCUGUAGUGAAGGAGGAGCGUUUUUACCCCAAGUGGAACCCCUCUGCGUCCCCCACCUCCAUCUCAGAGGUGGGGCUGCAGACUGGCAUCAUAUCUGGGAAACAGGCCCUGAACAAGAUGCACCAGGAGCUGGCUGCACAGGGAUUCAUUCAGGUGUAUGUGGACCAGGUGGAUGCAGAUAUCGUUGCUAUAACUCGUCACUGUCCCAGCACUCACCAGUCGGUCGUGGCUGUGUGCAGGACCGCUUUCUGGGACCCCAAAACCCACCAGUACGACUCCAACGUACCACCCAUGUUCAUACCUGGAAAGAUAGAGGAAGUGGUGCUGGAGGCGAGGACGGUAGAAAGGCAUGCUGGGAGUUAUAAGAGAGAUGACAGAUACAUCAACGGCAUGCCAGAGUACACCGUGGAAAUCAGAGAGCACAUACCAUUAGAACAAAGUGUUCUGGUGAAGAAGUCUGGAGUGACGUCUAAAGGUCCAUCAGAGUUUGUGGAGGAAAUCACUUUCCAGAAGCUGACGCCCGGCAGUGUCAUCGCCUUCAGGGUGAGUUUGGACCCCAAGGCUCAGAAGGUGGUGGGGAUGCUGAGGUAUUAUCUGUCCCAGUUCAGCCCCAAAUACAAGAGAGGCAGUGUGGCCGAGGACAACCCACCUGAGGCCCUGCAGAAACCACUCUCACAGCUGAUGUCUAAGCUGACGCUAGCCGACCUGAACGUGCUGCUGUUCCGCUGUGACACUGAAGAGCAAGAAGAUGGCGGAGGCUGUUACAGCAUCCCGGGCUGGGAGAGCUUCAAAUAUGCUGGACUGCAAGGUCUGAUGUCAGUAUUCGCCGAUAUCCGUCCCAACAACGACCUGGGCCAUCCUGUGUGCGCUAACCUGAGAGAGGGAGACUGGCUGAUCGACUACGUGUCCAACAGACUGAUCCACAAAGAGGGACCGCUGGCCCAGGUGGGUCAGUGGUUGGUGGCCAUGUUUAGCUACUUGAAGCACAUCCCUCGUUACCUUGUCCCCUGUUACUUUGACGCCAUCUUGGUGUCCACCUACACCACGGCCCUGGACGCCACCAACAAGCUCAUGUCCAGUUUUGUCCAGAAUGGCUCGACCUUUGUGCGUCACCUGGCUCUGGGUUCAGUUCAGAUGUGUGGCGUGGGACGUUUCCCCGCCCUGCCGCCCCUCUCUACCAAACUGGAAGACGUUCCCUACCGCAUCAGUCCAAUCACAGGCCAGAAGGAGCAGUGCUGCGUCUCACUGGCUGCAGGUCUUCCUCAUUUCUCGUCUGGAAUCUUCCGUUGUUGGGGAAGAGACACCUUCAUCGCUCUCAGAGGACUCCUGCUGCUCACAGGGAGACACAUUGAAGCUCGCAACAUCAUCCUGGCCUUUGCAGGGACGCUGCGUCACGGAUUAAUUCCCAACCUGCUGGGUGAAGGACGCUGCGCUCGGUACAACUGUCGCGAUGCUGUGUGGUGGUGGCUGCAGUGCGUCCAGGACUAUGCUACCCACGUUCCUCACGGCAUUGAAAUCCUUCGCUGCCCUGUCACACGCAUGUACCCGACGGAUGACUGUGAGCCCUGCAAACCUGGAGAGAUGGAGCAGCCUCUGUAUGAUGUGAUCCAGGAGGCUCUGCAGCGCCACCUGGAGGGGAUUUCCUUCAGAGAGAGAAAUGCUGGACCCAAGAUAGACAUGCACAUGAAAGACGAAGGGUUUAAUGUGACGGCUAAAGUAGACCCAGCUACAGGAUUUGUGAGUGGAGGAAACCGCUUUAACUGUGGAACCUGGAUGGACAAGAUGGGCGAGAGCGAGAGAGCCAGAAACAAAGGCAUGCCUGCUACUCCUAGAGAUGGAGCGGCCGUGGAGAUCGUCGGUCUCAGUAAGUCAGCUGUUCGCUGGGUGGUGGAGCUCCGCGCUAAAGGACUGUUCCCUUAUGAUGGAGCCAAAGUGCUCAGAGAUGGUAAAGAAGUGCUUGUCUCGUACUCUCAGUGGAACCAGCAGCUCCAGCAGGCCUUUGAAGCCUCUUUCUGGGUCUCUGUUGACCCUAAUGACCCCAAAGAGAAGUGCCCUGACCUGGUUCACAAGAGAGGCAUCUACAAGGACAGCUACGGAGCCUCCAGCCCCUGGUGUGACUACCAGCUCAGACCCAACUUCACCAUCGCCAUGGUGGUGGCUCCAGAGCUGUUCACAGUAGAGAAGGCAUGGAAAGCUCUGGAGGUGGCUGAGCAGAAACUACUGGGACCACUUGGGAUGAAGACACUGGACCCAGAUGACAUGGUGUACUGUGGUGUCUAUGACAAUGCUCUGGACAAUGAGAACUACAACCUGGCAAAAGGCUUCAACUACCACCAGGGACCAGAGUGGCUGUGGCCUGUAGGUUACUUCCUGCGUGCUAAACUCUACUUUGCUAAGAAGCUGGGAGAGGAGAAGUACAGCAGGACGAUGACUCUGGUGAAAAACGUUCUGUCCCGACAUUACACCCACCUGGAGAGGUCUCCAUGGAAAGGUCUUCCUGAGCUGACCAAUGAGAACGGCCAGUUCUGCCCCUUCAGCUGUGAGACCCAGGCCUGGUCCCUGGCCACUGUGCUUGAGGUCCUACGUGACCUCUAAAGACCCCCCCUCCUCCUCCGGCCGCCCCCCAACUCUCCCUCAAUGAAGUAUCAUCUUCCUCCUGAAGUCCUGGUUUCAUCUUGUGUAUGUUCAUGUAAAACCUGCCAUUUGUGACGUUACACUCUGCCUACUUCCUGGUCGAGCCAUCGAUUCAGACUACCGUAAAACUCCAAAGAAAAGCCUGUUCCAUUUCAAGGCCCGGUCCCUUCUACAGGCCUGGUGAUGCUGCACGUUUUCACACAUAAAAGCAGCUCUCAGUUAGACGCCCCUAUCUACAUUCAGUGUUUAAAUAAUCAAAAAUAAGGAGAAAAAGCAGAAAGACACAAAAAGUAAAGAUGUGCUUCAACAUCUGUCCAAGAGAGACAGAAUAAUGGUGAACCAGCUGUGCUCUCUUCAAAAGAAACAUCAAAAUAGAGAUUUGUAUUUGUUUUGUUAAUAUCCUACUCGUGUACACAGUUAGAUAUUCUUCCAGGUGGACAUUUUGUAGUCUUUCCUACCUCUGCUAAGCCUGAGUUUUGAUUGAAGAUAAUGAAAGGCCGGUCAUGUAUUGACAUUGACAGUACAUAGACUGAAGUCAACAAACGCCCGGGCUAUAAUUUGAAGUUUUACGGUAACAGCCACUCCUGAGCAGAUCUGGUGACAGUGUUCAUCCUGUGUGUGUGACUGAUGGUACCUCUCUGCUCUUCAGAUCAUCAGUUCUUCUAGUUUUUGUCGACUAAAACGAUCUACAGACCUGAAACACAGAAAACAGGAAGUCUCUCUUCAGUUUUUUUUAUCCACCUUUAUAAAAGUCUGACCCUAAAAACAACACCACAUUAAAUGUAAUCUAAACAUUAAAACAUCUGAAUAUAGUCUCAUGUUUGAAACUGUGUUUAUAUUUAACAUCACUUACAGAGUAAAGCACUUUGAACGGUUUAUACUCGAGCAGGUGCUUCAUACUGACCUCAGAUCAGCCGUCACUGUGAGAGCAUUCACACCUCAUGUUACCUCUCUAACAAACGCCCGGUGUCCCCGGACAAACGCCAGCUGUAGCAUCAGUUUGUAUAACACUGUUUAAAUCUUUAAAGGACCUUUACUAAACUUUACUAAAACCUCCACCUGAAGCCUUUAUACACACAACAUCAAACCUGCUCCCCCACAAGCCUUACCACCUAGUUUAAUAUUUACGUCUGUUUAUUUGUGUAAUAAUGUUAGAAACCAGCUCUGUGUGUGUGUGUGUGUGUGUGUGUGUGUGUGUGUGUGUGUGUGUGUGUGUGUGUGUGUGUGUGUGUGUGUGUGUGUGUGUGUGUGUGUGUGUGUGUGUGUGUGUGUGUGUGUAGGAGCAAUAAUGGUCACUGGUCACUCCGUGUAAAACAAUCAGAAGAAUUCAUUUAGAAAGUUCCUCUUUUGAUUCGUCUGUCACUGGAGUUCAAAAAUUCCUGCUGCCUUAAACACAACACAAGCAAACAUCUCACAACAGUGACACUUCAGACUUUAACACAGUAACUUCCCCUCGGUCCACUGUCCAGUCACUUUACACUGUUUUAUUAGUUUAAUUAUGACAUGUGUCUGUGUUCCUGCUGUUUCACUCGUGUUUGUCCUGUAAUGUUGUUGUUUACUCUAUUGGUGUAGUGAUACAGUUGCCAUGCUGAAUAAACUGUUACAUGAUGA